GUUCCAGUCAUUGAUGGCAUUUGUAUUUUAGGAACUUUUCCGGUGUUGUGUUUUUUCCUUGCAUAAUGAGAACCUUGCAUAAUUAGAGAGGAAUUUCAUUUCUGCUUCCACAUAUCAUCAUGGAUAACUUUCUCGACGCGACAUUUGAAUAUGAGCCUGAUAAUAGCACCGAACCUUUUAACUUAUCCUCACUAAAUGACACGUUAUAUGAAGAUGGGAUCCAGUUUUACUAUUUUUACCAGACUGAACAGUUGACAUUCUUAUGGGUGUUAUUCAUCAUGAUUGUUGCUGGAAACAGUGCUGUCCUCGUGGCUCUCAUGCUUUCAAAGAACAGAAAGUCACGAAUGAACUUUUUCAUCAUGCAUCUAGCAAUAGCAGAUCUUACUGUAGGAGUAAUCAAUGUAUUGACCGAUAUUAUUUGGAGAACAACAGUAGCGUUUUAUGCCGACAAUAUCGCUUGCAAACUCAUCAAAUACUUGCAGGCGUUAGUUACCUACUCAUCAACUUAUGUUCUCGUGGCUUUAAGUGUGGACCGCUACGAUGCCAUCGCACAUCCAAUGAAUUUUUCCAACAGUUGGCGUAAGGCUCGUCUGCUCGUCGCAUCUGCUUGGGGGUUGUCUGCCAUCUUCUCAAUACCUUCCAUUUUCCUCAGCUCCAAAGAAGAUGUGAAGGGAAUGCCUCAAUGCUGGAUUGAUCUGCAGCCAUGGCAGUGGCAGCUUUAUAUUACGAUGGUGGCUGCCAGUCUCUUUUUCCUCCCAGCCAUCAUCAUAGCCGCUUGUUACACAGUCAUAGUUUACACUAUUUGGACCAAAAGUAGACUAAUGAGCUAUCCAAAAUUGUCCAAAUCAUCUUCCAUUGUGGCAGACAGCAAGAAAAGUUGUGUCAGCAAAAGUAAGAGCAGCGCCAGUACUGACAAUGAAGUAGAUCGGAAGCGAGCAAGUUCGAGAGGAAUAAUACCAAGGGCCAAGAUCAAGACCGUCAAAAUGACACUGGUGAUCGUUUUUGUUUUCAUUUUGUGUUGGAGCCCCUACUUCGUUUAUGAUUUGCUGCAGGUGUAUGGGAAAAUCCCGAAUGGUCAAACUUCUAUUGCUAUCUCCACCUUCAUCCAGAGCUUGGCUCCACUGAAUAGCGCGGCCAACCCCAUGAUCUAUUGCCUCUUCUCGACUCAUAUCUGCAGGAACUUCAGAAGGCUGCCUUUCUGCAACUGGAUUGCACAGAAACUGUGCUUUUGCUUCCCUUCCAUGCAACGUCCUUUACCUGAUAACCAUUCCCGAGCUUCAGAGUACACCACGAUGACAGAAACCAUGACAGCUAGCCACAGGAAUUCGACGUUUCACGCCAUGACCGUGCGAGGAGCAAGGCCAACCUUUCAGAAACAAAUCUCCGCUACUACAGAGAACCACAAUAAAGGAGAGUCAGCAACAGGGAAUCACACCAGAAACUCAAGAGUCUGAGGAGGACGUGUCCUUUGUCGAAAUGAUCUGAUCAAUAAUUUAAGGAAGUUGACAUGUUUGAAGCUAUGCUUUGAAAACAUGAUCGAAGCUAUGGUUUGAAAACAUGUUCAAAGCUGUGGUUUGAAAACAAGUAUGAAGACAUGUAUGAAAUAACAAUUUUAACUUGUGUAAAUUUGAGCUCAAGUAUUGAAAAAAAUUCGUUUAGUCACAAAUUAUUUUAAAAUUCCUUUGAUGUCGAUUUCAACCAGUUAUUGGCUCAUUUACUGAAACAAAUGAAGUCUUGUCCAUUUCUAAAGCCUCUGAUAUACUCAUUAACAUCAAUAAUUUUGAUCGAUUUAUAAAAACUUUGAAAAACUUUAGGCUUUCAAAUGCUCUAAUGAGCAUUUGAUAUAACAGAGAUUUUAUAAAUUUACAUCUUAAAUCCAGUUAGUGAAAAAAAAAUCAUCCAUUUUUAUUGAACAUGGUUUAAUGAAAAAUAAUCGUACGCUAUUAGUAGCUAUUGCUCAGGAGUUGAAAAAAAAAUCCGUUUAAUAACAAAUUAUUUUAAAAUUGCAUUGACGUCAACCAGUCAUUGGCCCAUUUUUAAAAAUAAAUGAAGUCUUGUCCAUCUCGUAAAUCCUUGAUGUACUUCUCUGCAUAUUUAUCAUGUUGACUGAUUUAUAAAAACUACUUUGAUAAAUUGUAGGCAUUCAAAUGCGUAUUAAAACAAUUUUAUAUUUUAAAAAUUUACGUCUUAUAUCCAGUUGAUAGCAAAACCACGCAUUUUUAUUAAUUGAAAAUGGUUUUGUGAAAUUGUGUCGUAAGCUAUUUCUUUUUAAUUUUUAAUAGUGGAGAAAAAUUCUGCAAAUUAACAGAUUUUCAUAUUUUAAGUGAGCUGUUACGAGUUCAAUUUUGUCACAUGCUCAGUUAGUAGAAUAACCACACUACUAAACGUUUUGAGGAAUAAUUCAUACUACAUUUUAAGAAUGCAUGCGUUUUACUAAUAUAUAAUGAACUGAACUUCUUAGUGCACUGUUUAAUGUUGGUAGUUUUUCCUACCCUUUCUUUAUCAGGAACAAAUGAGGCAGGAUGCGGCUGACAAAUUUCAGUUUUAAAAUAUUCAUGUUUGAACCAAGUUAAAACCAAAUCUACGGAACAUUAGGGGGGGGAAGCCUUUUUUCUUGUAUGUACAGUAUGGAUGGUUCUUAUUACUGUACUUACUCAUUGAACAUUAUUAAAAUUUAGUCUUAAAACUUCUUUUUCACUCAAACACUCUGAAAAUCUUUGAGAAAUUAGAUUUAACUAACUUAUUGUUCAGCAUGCAAAAUUAUUUAUUUUGUAACCAUAAAAAGGAAGAGACAUUUAUCAAUGCAGUGGACAGAACAUUUGUAAUACAUGAAAGUUUAAUAUGCAUCCGCAAUUCAAAUGUGAUUCUAAAAUAAGUAAAAUCUUGAUUAAUAAAAAAACUUCAACAAUUCUUUGUCGUAUGUUUAAAAAUGAGUUUUUUUUUCUUCGCUUAAAAAAAACUUAGCUACUUAGCAAUUGUUUGAACAGUAUAUGUACUUCACUAUUGGUUUAUCUCAUUAGUGUAUUUUUCAUUUAUUCAAAAAAAAAAUUAAUUAAUAAAAUAUAAAUGUUAAGAACUAGUUUCAUAUUUAUGAACGUUUUUUAUUUAAUUUUGUAGAACUAUCUGUCCUGUAUACCGCUGCAUCGAUAUUUCAUUUUUAAAUAAUAUGGCUUUUAACUAAAGUUAAGAGAUAGGGAAAUUGGUACUUAUAAUUGUUCAGAAGUCCGACAAUCAUCAAUACAGAUUCUUUGUAAAGUAUAUCUAAGAUAAAUCAUUAUUAUUAUUGCACUUUAAAAAAUUAAAUUCUUUUUUUGUUUGCCUUUAACUUGUUUUUUAAAC